UUUUCGCCUGCAAAGUACGAAAUAUCUUGUUAAUGAAAUAUGUUUUAAAGAACAAUUCAGUAUUGAAGUGUUGAGUGCGCAACGCUGUUCACGAUGACAUCAAAUAGUUUCCUAAUCUACGCGAUAUUAAGCUUCUUUGUUGCCUGUGAGGUUAGCUGUGCGUCGGAGUCGAAAGAUGUUGCUCGAAUUAUUGUAAAUCAAUGUGAGAAUUGUGAAUCGUCAAGUUAUCAGUAUGCUACAAUUGGUAGUAGUGAAUAUGAUUCAAAAGACACAAUUCAGAAUAUCCGUUUGUCUGUUCCAAUAAGUAGUUACUUUUAUGUGAUCCAAGUGCAUAGCUAUUUGGAAUCGGUGCUGUUGAGUUAUGACGCUGAACCAACGGUUGCAACUAGCGUUCAUGGCACGAAUGUUGGCUUGAAUCAAUUCACUCAUGAUAAGCCUAAUCAUACGUUCUAUUUGUUUAAUAAUUUUACUGCUCCACGUGAAGUAUUAAUCGCUGUUACGUCAUAUACAGGCUCAGCCCCAAUGCCAGGCGGCUGUAAUAUGGAAUUCAACACGAAAACUGCGCCUUAUCAACAUGUUGACUACAAUGACGCGUUGAUUACCGUAGACGUGCAGAGUGCAUCACUUUAUCAGCAAACUUGCGACGUACAAGGAAAUAUAACUCUUGAUUUUUAUCUACUUUUUGUGAAUAAUGGAGAUUUACCUGUUAAUGGCUCAUAUAAAGCUAUUAUUCAAAUGUUAACGGUCAAAUCGAUCAAAAUAUAUGGGCAUAAGGUUAUAAAACCGCCAAGUGGUCCACUUCUACGAAGAUAUUUCAGCAAUUAUCAAGGUUUUGGAGUUGUAUAUGCUGUUAUUGCAACUUAUGGAGAUGCAAGUUCCGCGUAUGUUCCAUCAUUUACCUAUGGCUGCAAUAUGCAAAAUGGCAAAGAAAGUUGUUUCAGCACGGAUAAAACAACUGAAUGGAUCACAAUGGAAGUCACAACAUCAAUAUCCUUAUUCCUACUUUUAAGUUCAUUUACAGCGUUUCUGGUACCGUUUUUCCAAUUCGGAUAUUACGCCACCGACGCAAUAUUAAUGUUAAUCGGUAUUCCAUACUCACCAUUUAUUUACAUCGCCAUUGGAGCCGGCGUUGUUUUGGCGUGUUUACUGGGCGGAUGCUCAAAAUGGUUUGCAAUCGAUAAUAUCAUAUUGAGAUUAUACGCAGCACAUAUCUUAACAGCUGUCAUAUAUUUUGGAACAGCUACAGGAGAUUUUGAAUUGUGUCAAACUAUGGGAUAUUUUUGGAUAUUAUAUGUUGCACUUAUGAUUAUGAUGUUGGUACCAGUGCUGGAUGGAGUUGCUAAAUAUAUUAAUGUCUGUUUUCAUACGGUAUUAAUGGUGGAUUCACUUGUUGGCAAUGGAAGACUAAUGUAUUUCAAUAUAAAUUCAGUCCGCAGGGCUGCAGUUUCAAACUUUUAUCUUGCUAGUUUGUAUGCACCCAAUCCAUCAGCCCUAUCGAUUGGUUGUAUUAUACUUAUUGGUAUUUCAUAUUUAAUCAGUAAUUUUAUCAGACACUGUAAAGGUACCAGAAGGGUUGUGGGUGAAGCAACUCCAUUGCUAGGGUAAAUUCAUAUACCUACCUUUAUAUUUGCAUUCACUACCUGCAAUUUGAUAAAGAAUCUCUUUGUUGCAUAAUAAUAAAUUGACACAUAAUAUUUU